ACGACACGAACUGCGGUCGAGGCACACUCAGCGCCUCAAGUACUCCUCAGGUUGCACCAGUGAUCGCCAUGCCUCAUUCAAAGUGUGACAUGGGCUCUGCCUUCGUCCAGACACAGCAGCUCAACGCUGCCAUGGCAGACACCUUCCUGGAACACGUGUGCCUGUUGGACAUCGACUCUGAGCCCACCACCGCACGUAACACCGGCAUCAUCUGCACCAUCGGGCCGGCCUCUCGAUCUGUGGACAUGCUCAAGGAGAUGAUCAAGUCUGGAAUGAACAUUGCUCGCUUGAACUUCUCCCACGGCACGCACGAGUACCAUGCAGAAACCAUCAAGAAUGUGCGUGAGGCAUGCGAGAGCUUCGAGCCCGGCAGCAUUCAGUACAGGCCCAUCGGCAUUGCCCUGGACACCAAGGGCCCAGAGAUCAGGACCGGCCUUAUCCAGGGAAGUGGCACAGCUGAGGUGGAGCUGAAGAAGGGCAAGAUGAUCAAGCUCACCCUGGAUGACUCUUACCAAGACAACUGCAGCGAAGACAUCCUCUGGCUCGACUACAAAAACAUUACCAAAGUGGUGGAAAUCGGCAGCAAGAUCUACAUUGACGAUGGACUCAUUUCUCUGCAGGUCAAGGAGAUUGGUUCCAAUUUCCUCAAUUGCCAGAUUGAGAAUGGCGGCACUCUGGGCAGUAAGAAGGGUGUGAACCUGCCCGGAGCCGCCGUGGACCUGCCUGCUGUCUCCGAUAAGGAUAUCAAGGACUUGCAGUUCGGUGUGGAACAGGGAGUCGACAUGGUGUUUGCCUCCUUCAUCCGCAAAGCCGACGACGUGCACGCCGUCCGGGCAGUGCUGGGAGAGAAGGGCAAGAACAUCAAGAUCAUCAGCAAGCUGGAGAACCACGAGGGUGUCCGCAGAUUCGAUGAGAUUAUGGACGCCAGCGACGGGAUCAUGGUGGCCCGUGGCGAUCUGGGUAUCGAGAUCCCCACAGAGAAGGUCUUCCUCGCCCAGAAGAUGAUGAUUGGUCGCUGCAACAGGGCUGGCAAGCCCAUCACAUGUGCCACUCAGAUGUUGGAGAGCAUGAUCAAGAAGCCCCGACCCACUCGUGCCGAGGGUAGCGACGUAGCAAACGCCGUCCUGGACGGAGCCGACUGCGUCAUGCUGAGUGGCGAGACUGCCAAGGGAGACUACCCUCUGGAGGCGGUGCGCACACAGCACAUGAUUGCCCGCGAAGCCGAGGCAGCCAUGUUCCACCGGCAGGUGUUUGAGGACCUGCAGCGCUCCACGCCGCACUGCAAAGAUUCCGCCGAGGCCAUUGCAAUCGGCGCAGUGGAGGCCUCCUUAAAGAGCUUAGCCUCAGCGAUCAUUGUGCUCACGGGCUCCGGAAGGUCCGCCCACCUGAUCUCCAGGUACCGGCCCCGCGCCCCCAUCCUCGCCGUGACCCGUAACGCCCAGACAGCCCGCCAGGCCCACCUGUACCGCGGCAUCUUCCCGGUCCUCUACACCAAGCCCGCCGACGACGUGUGGGCCGAGGACGUCGACAUGCGCGUCAACUUCGCCAUGGAAAUGGGAAAGGUCAGAGGCUUCUUCAAAGAGGGCGACGUGGUCAUCGUCCUGACCGGCUGGCGUCCAGGCUCCGGUUACACCAACACCAUGCGCGUGGUCCUGGUGGUCUAAGUGGCUCCGCUGUCUCCAUCUCCACCUCAUCUGUCUUCCAUAGCGCUCCACAACACGACUCUCCUCCCUUCCCAUCCAACACCCGGGCCAACAGACUCGACCCUUAAACAGUCAGGCACGUAGGAAAUUAUAAAA